ACCGCCUCUUCCUCCCCGAAGCCAUCAUUGAAGAGCGACGCUGCAACUCUUCCUCUCUCUCUCUCUCUCUCUCUUUCUCUCUCCGUUCCAUGAAGAUUCAUCUCCAAAAUGCUUUUUUGAACAAUCCGCCGCUUUUUAGCCACGCACGACACGCCAGUUUUUAGGCUGAAGGGUCCUGCAACUUUUUCUGAAAGGGAAAGACAAUCUAAGUCUCUCAUCAUGGCAGAAAACAACUUCCCUCCGCUGCCUGGAUUCUUCCCCCUCAGGCCUUGCUUCUACCAGGACUUCAACGAGAUCCCAGACCAGCGCCGCUCUAUGUGCAAGCGCAUCUACUACUUGUGGAUCUUGAACAGUGCCACGCUGGCUGUUAACCUGAUUGGCUGCCUGGCGUGGAUGUGUGGUGGAGGCGGAGCCACCAACUUCGGGAUGGCCUUCCUGUGGCUGAUCCUCUUCACGCCUUGCUCCUACGUGUGUUGGUUCCGGCCGAUCUACAAAGCCUUCAAGACCGACAGCUCCUUCAACUUCAUGGCCUUCUUCUUCGUCUUCAUGGCUCAGGUUGUGAUCAGUAUUAUCCAGAGUGUGGGCAUUCCUGGUUGGGGGGUGUGCGGCUGGCUGGCGACCAUCACCUUCUUCAGCAGCAACAUCGGCUCGGCGGUGGUGAUGCUGAUCCCGACCAUCAUGUUCACCGUUGUGGCGGUGCUGUCCUUCAUCGCCCUGUCCAAGGUGCACAAGCUGUACCGCGGCAGCGGCGGCAGCCUGGGGAAGGCGCAGGAAGAGUGGACCUCGGGGGCCUGGAAGAACCCUCAUGUGCAGCAGGCGGCCAUGAGCGCCGCCCAGGGAGCCGUGCAGCAGAACCAGUACUCUGCGGCGCCCACCUACAACUACGACGAGCCCAUGUAGGACGGCGGCGCUGGACGACACACUUGAUGAUUGGGUGUCACCCGGGAGGAGGAGAAGUGUCCCGGGAAAAUCUGUCCAUCCAUUGUAGUUCCGCGUGGACUCAAGUAGCAACACUGGUGUUUCAUAUCCAUCCAAAACUUACAUAACCUUCUUUUAUUUAUUUGACCUGAACUUAAUAGGAUCUCAAGUAUUACAACAUCUUGUUUUUGAUUGACUGCAACUUUUAUUAGUAGAUUGCACAAUACAUUAUAUAUUAUUAGUAGAUUGUACAGUACAGUACAUAUUAGAUUGCACAGUACAUUAUAUAUUAUUAGUAGAUUGCACAGUACAGUACAUAUUAUUAGUAGAUUGUACAGUACAUUAUAUAUUAUUAGUAGAUUGCACAGUACAGUACAUAUUAUUAGUAGAUUGCACAGUACAGUACAUAUUAUUAGUAGAUUGCACAGUACAGUACAUAUUCCCUACAAUUGAGCACUAAAUGCUAACACCCCAAUAAGUUUGUCAACUUCUUUAAGUCGGGGUCCACCUUCAUCAAAUCAUGGUACAAAUAUAUAAUAUCAGCAUAAUACAGUCAUCACUCGGUUUCAUCAUCUGAGUACAAACCCCGUUUCCAUAUGAGUUGGGAAAUGGUGUUAGAUGUAAAUAUAAACAGAAUACAAUGAUUUGCAAAUCCUUUUCAAGCCAUAUUCAGUUGAAUAUGCUACAAAGACAACAUAUUUCAUGUUCAAACUCAUAAACAUAUUUUUUUUGUGCAAAUAAUCAUUAACUUUAGAAUUUGAUGCCAGCAACACGUGACAAAGAAGUUGGGAAAGGUGGCAAUAAAUACUGAUAAAGUUGAGGAAUGCUCAUCAAACACUUAUUUGGAACAUCCCACAGGUGUGCAGGCUAAUUGGGAACAGGUGGGUGCCAUGAUUGGCUAUAAAAGCAGCUUCCAUGAAAUGCUAAGUACUUCACAAACAAAGAUGGGGUGAGGGUCACCACUUUGUAAGCAAAUUGUCAAACAGUUUUAGAACAACAUUUCUCAACGAGCUAUUGCAAGGAAUUUAGGGUAUUUUACCAUCUAUGGUCCGUAAAAAUCAUCAAAAGGUUCAGAGAAUCUGGAAAAAUCACUGCACGUUUGAUCCCUCAGGCGAUACUGCAUCAAAAACCGACAUCAGUGUGUAAAGGAUAUCACCACAUGGGCUCAGGAACACUUAAUAAACCACUGUCAGUAACUACAGUUGGUCGCUACAUCUGUAAGUGCAAGUUAAAACUCUACUAUGCAAAGCAAAACCCAUUUAUCAACAACAUCCAGAAACGCCACCGGCUUGGCUGGGCCCGAGCUCAUCUAAGAUGGACUGAUGCAAAGUGUAAAAGUGUUCUGUGGUCUGACGAGUCCACAUUUCAAAUUAUAUUUGGAAACAGAGGACUUGGUGUCCUCCAGAACAAAGAGGAAAAGAACCAUUCGUAUUGUUCUAGGCACAAAGUGUAAAAGCCAGCAUGUGUGAUGGUAUGGGGGUGUAUUAGUGUGUUGUAGUCAGCAUGUGUGAUGGUAUGGGGGUGUAUUAGUGUGUUGUAGUCAGCAUGUGUGAUGGUAUGGGGGUGUAUUAGUGUGUUGUAGUCAGCAUGUGUGAUGGUA